AUGGCACCACCAAAUCCCUCACAAAAGUUUGGGUCAUCCCCCUCCGCCAUCAUCGCGAACCAAGAAUACCAAAGCUACUGCGCAGCUCUCGCCAAACAACAAUCCUCAUCUUCCAAUCCAGCUACAAUACCCACCCACCUAUACACCAACCAAGGUACAUUUCCAAAUCCCGCCUACCACCCAUCGAACGCCUCCCAUCCAAACUCAUUCACUCCAGUCGCAGUACCAACCGGGCCAUACGCAAAACCUACCUACCUACCCACCUACCACCAUCCAUCCACAUCCUCAUACCCCUACGCUUCAACAUCCACUUCCUCAUACCCCACAGCACCCAGUUCAGCAGCCAAAAUUGCAAACAUGGACGCCGCGGUCAAGUUACUCAAGGAAAUGACGGCGGAGAUGAAGAAAGGAAAGGCUAAGAUGAGCAAAGAGGAGUUUCUGAAGAAAUAUGGGGGCGCGAUGUUGAUGACUGAUAAGAAUACCGGGAAGCUGGUGGGAGCGUGGAUGCCAGGGAUGCCGGGGAUGCCGGCGGGGGGCGUUGGUGGGAUGGGGAAGGGAUUGGGUGAGGGGAGUAAGAAGGGGGGAUUGGGGAAAGCGAAGGAGGAGGAGGAGGACGAUGUUGGUCCUGAGAAUUGGGAAUUGGAUUGUGCUUACGCGAUGUUUAUGGAGCGGCUUGAUACACCUGAAUCACUAUCUCCCGCUUCAUCGCCUAGUACUUCGCCUCCUUCAUUCAAGGCUUCGAGCAGCAAAACACCUAGCGACCCGAUACCUGGCAACAUGGACAAGAAGCGCGCAGCGUUUCUGGUAAAAAUGAAUGCAAUGAGUCAAGAAAUGGAGGCUGUUCGAGCGCAGAUUUGGGAGUGUAGGGAUGCUGUUGAUAGAUUACUUGAGUGGCAAAAUGCAAAGGUGGAAGACGGGGGAAAUGGGAAGGGGAAGGAAGUGGAGGGAAAGGGCAAGGAAGUAAUGAAGGAGGAGAAGACAGGAGAGCAAGAAGGGAGUGAAGAGAAGAAGAUGGAUGAGGAGGUGACUGCGCAAGGAGAAGCCAAGAAGAAGGAGACGGCGGUGGUUGAUUAUCAUGGAAUCACUGGCUUGAAGGUUGCAUCACUGAUGUAA